GAGGGCCUCCCGUCACUGGCAGAGGAGGAGAGGGCCACCCAUCACUGGCUGAGGAGGAGAGGGCCACCCAUCACUGGCUGAGGAGGAGAGGGCCUCCCAUCACUGGCUGAGGAGGAGAGGGCCUCCCAUCACUGGCUGAGGAAGAAGAAGGCCACCCAGCACUGGCUGAGGAAGGAGAGGGCCGCCCAUCACUGGCAGAGGAAGGAGAGGGCCACCCAUCACUGGCAGAGGAAGGAGAGGGCCACCCAUCACUGGCAGAGGAAGGAGAGGGCCACCCAUCACUGGCAGAGGAAGGAGAGGACCUCCCAUCACUGGCUGAGGAAGGAGAGGAGUCACUGUGUCAACAGACAGACGCACAGACAUGGCUCUGACAGACAAACACAAAGUGAAGAGACAGAGACUAGACAGGAUCUGUGAAGGUAUCCGGCCCCAGAUCAUGAACGGGCCGAUGCACCCUCGCCCCUUAGUGGCCCUGCUGGACGGGCGUGACUGCACCGUGGAGAUGCCCAUCCUAAAAGACCUGGCCACCGUCGCCUUCUGUGACGCACAGUCCACACAGGAGAUACACGAGAAGGUGUUGAACGAGGCGGUAGGGGCCAUGAUGUACCACACCAUCACUCUGACCAGAGAGGACCUAGAGAAGUUCAAGGCUCUACGCAUCAUCAUCCGCAUCGGCAGCGGCUACGACAACAUCGACAUCAAGGCGGCCGGAGAGCUGGGUGUAGCAGUCUGUAACAUCCCGUCGGCUUGCGUGGAGGAGACAACGGACUCCACCAUGUGUCACAUCCUCAACCUGUACCGACGAAACACCUGGUUGUACCAGGCUCUCCGGGAGGGCACGCGGGUCCAGAGCGUGGAGCAGAUCAGAGAGGUGGCGUCCGGAGCGGCACGCAUCCGUGGGGAGACACUGGGCCUUAUAGGCUUCGGUCGUUCGGGUCAGGCGGUGGCGGUGCGGGCCAAGGUGUUUGGCUUCACCGUGAUCUUCUACGACCCCUACCUGCAGGACGGCUUGGAGCGUUCCCUGGGCGUCCAGCGCGUCUACACCCUACAAGACCUGCUCUACCAGUCAGACUGCGUGUCUCUGCACUGCAACCUCAACGAACACAACCACCAUCUCAUCAACGACUUCACCAUCAAACAGAUGCGUCAGGGAGCGUUCCUGGUGAAUGCAGCGCGGGGAGGGCUGGUGGAUGAGAAGGCCCUGGCUCAGGCCCUGAAGGAGGGGAGGAUACGUGGCGCUGCCCUGGACGUGCACGAGAUAGAACCCUUCAGUUUUGCUACAGGCCCUCUGAAGGAUGCUCCCAACCUGAUCUGUACACCACACACAGCCUGGUACAGUGAACAGGCUUCUCUGGAGAUGAGAGAGGCAGCUGCCACCGAGAUACGAAGAGCCAUCAGCGGCCGCAUCCCUGACAGCCUAAGAAACUGUGUGAAUAAGGAGUUCUUUGUGACCACAGGACCGUGGGCAGUAAUGGACCAGCAAGGUGUCCACCCAGAGCUCAAUGGCACCGCCUACAGGUACCCGCCGGGCAUGAUGGGCAUGGCUCCAGGGGUGAUCCCGGGUGGCUUAGAGGGGAUGGUGCCAGGGGGGGUACCAAUCGCCCAUACCCUGCCCUCUGGUACCCACCCGUCCCAGGCCCCCUCGCCCAACCAGCCAGCCUCCAAACACUGUCACGGAGAGACCAGAGAGCACCUUACCGAGCAAUAGCACCCUGACCGCCAGCAUAACAGC